AUGAAAUCCAUAACACAUAGUGUUGGCGCUUUCAAUGAUAAUACUGGUGCCGAUCAAUUGGGCGGCUCCGUUAAGCGUGGUGUUCGUGUCAUCUUCAUCAAGGGCCCCGAAAACAACGGACUUGAUGAUGCUGCUCUUCAAUUGGCCAAAUCUGUCAACGAACAAAAGACAGCCAUUUAUGUGCUUACCAAACAGGCUGAUAUCGGCAAUUUGGCCAACAAAUUGAAUAAUUUGAUUCACAGCAGUGAAAGCCGUCCUGAAGUACACUUUGUGAAAUACCGUACACCAGCUGAUGCUGAAAAUGCUCAACGCACCAUUCAAUCACAAUAUGAGUCGUUGGCUGGCAAGAGUGCUAAUUACAAUGUUGGUAUUGCACCUGUAUUGAAAUUUGCCUCCAGCGGAAAUCAAUAUCAAGUUGCUGAACCAUCAAAUACUUAUUUACCAGCUAACAAGCGGUUUUAG